AUGCCUGUCGCUUCUAGGACAGUCCCUGAGACUCCUCGAGUCAUCUCUCCUUCGCCAUCUCUCUCCGAUACCGAGGCACGUGAUGGAUAUCUUGCGCCGGUAACGCGAUCAGCGGCGCGGCGACAGGGACUUUCGGGAGUUCGCGAAGUUGCUUCUGACUCAGAACGCUCCAGGAGUCCACCGGAAAGAAGUCCUUCCAAUACUUCGCCGCGACAACGCCGUCCGCCUCGGCGUUCCAAUCCGAAAAUCCCAGCAUCACCACCCGCUGCCGACGGGAACACUUCUAAUGGUUUCCUCUCACCGAAGACCGCCAAUGCCCUGCGAGACACUUCCAGGUCACCGUCUCCUCUCGGCUUAAUCCCUUUACACACCCGCUAUCGCAGCUUCAUUCAUCGCCAUGAAAUCCCGCGGAAGGCUCUGCACGUCUCUAUCGGGUUUCUGACACUUUCUCUGUACAGCCAUGGUAUCCAGACAUCUCAAAUAACACCUGUGCUUUUUACGGCUCUUGUUCCCAUCGCUGUGACUGACAUCAUUCGCCAUCGUUCCGAGAAGUUCAAUAAAUUUUAUAUCCGUUGCAUGGGUGCGCUUAUGCGCGAGACUGAAGUCUCAGGGUAUAACGGCGUGAUUUGGUACCUCCUCGGAGCCUACGUGGUACUGCGUUUCUUUCCGAAAGACGUAGGAGUCAUGGGCGUGCUGCUACUUAGCUGGUGUGAUACUGCUGCAUCUACAUUUGGUCGGCUGUAUGGCCGCUACACUCCCCAACUUCGACAAGGGAAGAGCUUGGCUGGCACCUUGGCCGCCUUCACCGUAGGCGUGAUCACUGCGGCUACCUUCUGGGGCUGCUUUGUUCCCUGGGCAGGUACCUUUCCUAAUGACCCGGAAGGCUCAUUCAUGUUCACCGGCCGUCUGAACCUGUUUCCAAGCAGCGUUCGCGGCCUUUUAGGGUGGUCGACUGAUGACGCCUCCACCAUGAUCACUGGCCCCCUGGCUCUUGGUGUGAUGAGUAUUGUUUCUGGCGUUGUUGCCUCCGGAAGCGAGUUCAUUGACCUAUUCAAUUGGGAUGAUAAUCUUACCAUUCCAGUUCUAAGUGGACUCGGUCUAUGGGGCUUCCUGAAGAUUUUCGGUUAA